UGUAUUUUUAACUGCAUUAUAAAAAUUCAAACCAUAACUUUUGAUUAUCUUUGCAUAUGAGGUUAUAGCGUUUUGUUUAUAAAAAUAAAGUUGUAACUUUCAGUAAUUUCAGAAAAAUCUGCUAGGUGUGCCACUUUUGCUUGCUUGGACCCCCAUAAUUUGAACAUGGAUAGCUUUGAGCAGUUGCAAAUGCAGAUGAUGUGCGUAUAUCAAAAGAUAUUAAUGACGAUUUCAAACUGUAGAUAAAUUAAUUUUUUUCUAAUUUUUCUCUGGAUUUUUAAUUACUUAAUUAAAAGUAAACAAUUUUAACUGUUUACAUAGUUGAGUUGAGUAGUUAAAUUCCUAUCAUUUAGUUUUCUUGUUCCUGAUAACAUUAGUUUACAGACUGGGACAAGGUAGGUGUUAUUCAAUAUUAUUAGAUUUAUACAGCUCUAAAGGCAUUUAAAUUGUAUUUUCGAAAUCAGCUGAUGGUCACUGGCGGUCAAAAAGGUCACAUAUACAUAUGCUUACUAUAAUUCGAAUUCGAUUGGUCGAAAAAGGAUGGCGCUGCGCUGGCGACGUGUUUUUAGUAUAACACUUGUUUGUGGGAUUAUGGAGGAAUAGUUUAUAAUCAAUAUCAUAUCGGUUUUAAAGAGCGCACUUUUGGAAUUCCAAAUGCAACACGAACAGUCGAAAAUUACGGCGAUGAAGAAAGCGGAAAGAAUACGAAAUGGUCGCACACCAGACAGAACUGAUGUGCGAAACUUGAACAUGAGUAUGAUGAGUACCAUGUCUCCAAAACGAAAAGUACACACAUCGAGAAUGUCAAUGAUGCCUCCUCCUUCAUUAAACACAACUAACGCAUCAAGGUUGUCUACGAUGCCUCCUCCUGCUUCAUUGAAUACAACAUCUAGUGCAGAUCUGAGAAAAAUGCAAUUGGAGAACAACAAUUUGGAAUUAGAGCUAAUGUACAGCCAGUAUAUUGCAUCAUAUGCAGGAUUGAUUCUGGAAAAGAAAAAGUUGAAAGAGGCAGAGGAAUCAUUUAGCAAAACUAUGCUAAGUCUUCGUGAAGAAACAAGAGUGUUAUUGGAAAAAUAUCAAGCAUUGAAAACAAGAUUAAAGGAUAUUCAAGCUUAUUCUGACUUGAAUGAUUACAUGGAUAUCAUUCAAGAAAAUAUGAACGAAUUUAUUAAUAAAUUAGAAAAGCAUGGGAUUAAGGACAAGCUAUCACAUUUAGAGAAGGCAUUGAGUCGUUUUAAUGUUUUGCAGUGUGAGAACAUUAUAUUGCCAAGUAAUGCUGAGGAAAUGAAAGAGUUUCAGAAAACUUUAAAAGACUGUUCCACCACAUUACAACAAAUAAGUGACCCAAUGCAAGCUGAUGGUAUAGAAAAUGUAGCAGGAAACUAUGAAGACUUCAUGAGAAUGUACACUGAAUUUUCAGGUGUUAAAAAAAUAGUUGAAGAAAAAAUCUGUAAUUUACAGGCUGAUAUUUUAAAAACCUGCUCUCACUUAUUAUCACAGUCUAAUGAGGCUGGCUAAUCAUCUAUUUCUCAGAUAUUAUGUUGAGUGGUUUUAUAUAUUUUAAGAAACGAAUUUUUAUAUAUUUAUUAAAUAAACUUUGUAUUUUAUUACUUUUGUACAUCUUGUCACAAACAAUUUCUUUGUUUGUCCAAAGAAUAAUCUCGUA